AGGAAAAAAAAAUGAAAGAAGGAUUAGUUGUGGAAGCUGGGUUUGUGUACGAGGAAGAGACCCAUCUGACGGUCUCAAAAACCUCUCUUUUCUACGCCGGCGAUGGCUUCACCGUCUACGAUUCCAAGGCCGAACUCGUCUUCCGAGUCGACACGUACGGCCCGGACAUCCGUGAGAAAUAUGAACUCGUUCUAAUGGACCCCCAUGGCCGUUGCCUCCUUACUGUUCGUCGAAAGAGGCCGAGUUUGCAUCAACGGUGGGAAGGGUUUUUGGGGGAGAGAACGGACGGCCAGAAGCCGAUCUUCAGCGUGAAGAGAUCAUCGAUAAUCGGACGGUCAGGAGUGACGGUAGAGGUGUAUGGGAGGCCAGGGGAGGAGUACCAGAUCGAAGGGUCGUUUGCACAACGAUGUUGCACGAUUUUCAAUGCAAGGAAGGAAAUAGUGGCUGAGAUCAGACGCAAAGUGGAUGCUUCCACUAAUGUGGUGCUUGGGAAGGACGUUUUCUCUCUCUGCCUUAAGCCUGGCUUUGAUGGUGCUUUUGCCAUGGGCUUGGUGCUUGUUCUUGAUCAGAUCGCCGGUGAAGAUUAUUUCCCUGGUGGAGCUGAGGUGGUACCCACCACAGCGGAAUAAAUAAAACGAAGAGAAGAAUCGGAGCUUAGGCCUUAGCUUUUUUUCUUUUUUUUUUUAAUAUUGUAUGCUUGUAAUAAAUGUGUCUUCGUAUUUCUGUGUUCUGAUAUUUGAACUCUUAUUUUUUUUU